AUGGCCAACAGCAUCGGGCGCAUUAAAUUUGCACUCACGGAGAUGCUAGUUAGUCAUGCAACCGAGUUAAAUUCUCAAUUCAGAGUCACAUACUCAACGGUGCUUAACAACACAAAUCUCGGUGACCUCCAGUGGCCUCCACAGGAACUCGUCAACCGGAGUUUCUUGUUUGCGUCUGGUGAUCCCUAUAAACGCGGAUUUGAAAAAGAGGAGAAAUUUUUACGAGAAAACAUCGAUUUCACGACAGUGUUCAAGCCACCAUCCCAGCCCCUGAUAGUUUCGACAGUAGUGUCAGAGACGGCGGUCCCAAAUGUCGUCACUGGCAAUUCAGACACCGCGAUUCCUACCUCGUUCACUCACGUUCGGUGUCCAGCGCACCCUCUUGACAGCAAUGCCUCGGCCUUGGCCCCAUGCAUUGGAGAGGUAGCGAGGUACUAUCAGGAUUGCUACCGAUGGCGCCAACUUUCUGAAGAGUGCGCCGUCGCAGCGGCGAAACAGCCCAAAAGGAUACUCCGCAAAGUCUUCGCACCCGGUCGUCUUGUUCUCCUUCAACUCUCCACAGAUGAUGUUAGGGAGGCCUCACGGUACUUAUACGGAGGAAGACUGGAUGCUGUCGCUGGCUCCAAAUGUCUUCCUAAGUGGGUCACCAUGGGUGUGGUCCUAAAUAUGUGCAGUUCUACACUAGAAGUAGAUUGUCAGAAGAGAUUUACGCCCUCCGAUGUAAAACUUACCGUGCUCACCUGGCGACUUCCACCUUCACCAAUGGCCGAUCGCACAGAUGCGAUUUGUGGUACCCAGAAGGCGAAGAGCGAGGAAGAGGAGACUAUUCUUGAGUUUUGGGAAACGCGCUACAAUCCGCGGCAAACGCUGCGACAUCACCAACUGCCCAUUUACGACUCCAUGACAAGACGAAAGAGAGCAUUUACGCCUUUCCCACCACAAAUGAUGCCUGCCUACUGUCCCGAGUCUGAAAAUGACAGCAGACGGCGUCUUGUUUAUGUCACCCACGUGCCUCUCAUGGCGGUGCUGGCAGUUUUUGGUGAUCGAGUGAAAGGAAGCAGGAGGGGCAGCUUCGUGAGAAAUGUCGUCAGGGAGUCAAAAUAUUUGCGUGAGUCCGUCGGCGCAACGAUGAACGAGGAGGUUGAGGUGGGUGAGGACGAUGAGGUGAAUGAGGCAGAGGACCUUCCUCAUGUUACCGCGGUCAACAAAGCGCUAUUUGAGUGCGCUCAAAGGCGUUUAAGUGGCGAAGUGGUAAUACUGCCUUUGUGGCAAUGUCUCGGCUUGCAGGGUCCAGAGGUGGAGGAAUGGAUGACACUGACGAAGAAGUUGAGCGGUCCAUUGAGUAGCAGCAGUAAACUGGUAGCCACUCCUCAAUGCAGGGACCCUAUUGGCCACUUGAACCUAGUCCACAGGAACCUUCGUCGCCUCGCAGCGAUUGAGUGUAUAUCUGGGGAGUUGGAGAGCCGACGAGAUAAGGUGCUGACGCAAUACGGAGCUCGAGUCGCCGUCCUUGAGGAGCUGGGUUUUCUCGACACGACGUCAACGCGACCUCGGUGCCUAACACGGAAAGGGGUUGCAGCCUGUGAAAUUCAGCAGGUGGGCGUGCUUGUGUGCGAGAUGCUCUUUACUGGAUCCUUGAAGCACCAACCACCAGCUGACCUGGCUGCCUUAUUAUCAUGCUUCGUCCGCGAUUCGAAAGUAAAGGUAGCACCCCCUCCACCUGUUCCCGACCACUUGAAGCCCGCUGUACAAGAAAUGCAGGAGACGUUGAAUCGGAUAUUGCGAGUGCAAGAAAAACAUGGCAUUUGGGAUGAGGUGCUUGACGCAGACGUGAGUCCGAAUCUCGUGGGGGCCACUUACGCCUGGGCUUGUGGUCAGCCAUUUUCCGUCAUUGUCCGCAUGACCGGCGUCGCAGAGGGCCACCUGCUUCGAGCCUUCCAGCGACUAGCUGAGUUGCUAAAUCAGGUAGUCAGGGCUUGUCGUCGUCUCGGUGACGAGGCACUAGCAUCGCGCGUCAUCGAUGCACACCUCGCCAUCAACCGUGACAUGGUCCGCAUGCCGUCGCUGUACGUUGCAGAUGAGAUUCCCUGA